AUGACCGAGAGGCAAGUUAGUUGCUACAAGGAACGAAAGGAAAGCAUAGAAAGGGCUGCGGCAAAGUCCAGGACGAACUGGACUCCGUCGAGCGGGCAGAAAACUUGUAAAACAACCGAAAUCGGAGGUAUCACUGUCAAAUCAGUUUACAAAUCGAUAGACUCACACCAUUGGCCUUUCGACCAGCGUGAUUACUUUUGCAACGGGGCUGUCAUCAGUAGGGUAAAACUAUCGUCUCACGACGAUCUAAAUCCAGCUCACGAACAAUCCAACAACUCACCAACUUGGUGA